ACCUUAUACCCAUGUGACCAUUAAAUCCGUUUACAACACGGAAAAGACUACUGUGUGGGCGAGAAGACACAUUUAGAAGUGUUAGCGCACCUGCACACCCAAUACAUUCGGGAAGGUUUUUUUGUUUCACGUCUGAGCUGGAUUAUGAUGGAAAUAUAGUUGGUAGCCUAAAUGAACUUGCAUCGACUUGACCAUAUUUAUUCGAAAUCUCCUCAGAACCUUGGACAGCGUCUUGUGACGCGCAGUAGGACUUUUCGCGCACGAGGAGCACGCCUGAGUGUUGGUGCCAUAUCAACCGAGAAGCGUCACGGGCUGACGGAGAAGAGUUCAAUUGGUGUCAAUGUUCACAAUGAUGUUCCUCAUAAUGAAUUCGAUUUUAUUGGUCAACUUUCUGUCCCGCGGAGUGGAGACGAGCCUGCCAGAACCGGUUCCUUCUUCGCAAACGCGCCCAAAUCCCCGAGAGCACGAGCUGCCGUUGGGUAUCCCUGUCCAUGAUACGAGAAACGGCAGUCUUCACCGGAGGCCGUGGGCCGAGCUGAGGGAGAACUUCAACCGUCUUCCUGGCGUAUGUCGACGGCUCCGCAGGAGGAGAAUCACCAUAUUGUGCAACAUGGGAAAGUUCUGCACGGGGUUGAGAGAGAUCAGGCACGGUCAGGUCUGCCGCUGCCCGCGCGGGUCCCGGUGUUCCCACUUCUUCCUCCGGAGUCUCUGACCUCGACUGCACCUUACACGUAACAUGAACGCUGCUGUUGCCAAUAGUAACAGGGAUUCUGGAAGCAUCAAUUUAUCAAAAUCCUGCAUGUUGAUAGAAACUUAACUGCGACCUUGCUUAUUAAAGAAGUAGGCC